AUGGCACCACUAAACGAGCCAAUUGCCAUCAUAGGGAGCGGCUGUAGGUUCCCGGGUGGAGCUAGCUCACCGUCCAAACUUUGGGACUUACUGCAAAACCCCCGCGAUGUCCUUACCGAACUUCCUCCAAACCGUUUCGACGUACGCGGAUUUUACCAUCCCGAUUCCCAAUUUCCAGGCCAUGCCAACGUUAAGCACUCAUACUUGCUGGAAGAAAAUGUUGCACAAUUUGACGCUCAGUUCUUCAACAUCAAGGCCGAGGAGGCCUCUGCUAUGGACCCUCAGCAGCGCCUGUUGCUGGAGACGGUCUAUGAGAGUUUGGAAUCUGGUGGCUUGAGAAUGGACGAGCUGAGAGGUUCUGAUACGGGUGUUUAUGUCGGAUUGAUGUUUGGAGACUAUGAAGCUCUACAAUUCCGCGAUUUACAAAGCAUUCCCACUUAUCAUGCGAUAGGCACGGCCCGAAGUAUUGUUUCCAACAGAAUAUCGUACUUCUUCGACUGGCAUGGACCUUCAUUCACGGUUGACACAGCUUGUUCUUCUAGUUUGGUCGCGUUGCAUCAAGCUGUACAAGCAUUGCGAACGGGAGAGGUCCAUGUUGCAGUGACGGCAGGAAGUAAUUUGAUUCUUGGGCCGGAACCUUUUAUCUCGGAGAGUAAACUCAAGAUGCUGUCCCCAGAUGGGCGGUCACGAAUGUGGGAUGAAGGAGCUAAUGGCUAUGCCCGUGGCGAAGGCGUUGCUGCCGUCGUCCUCAAGACGUUGAGUGCGGCACUUGAGGCCGGUGACAACAUCCAGUGCGUCAUUCGUGAGACUGGAGUCAACCAAGAUGGUCGCAGUCGUGGUAUUACUAUGCCUAGCGCAACAGCACAAGCUCAAUUGAUUCGCGAGACCUACGCUAAAGCUGGCUUGGACAUAACGAAAGACCGAUGUCAGUAUUUUGAAGCCCAUGGUACCGGCACCCCAGCAGGUGACCCGGUGGAGGCUGAGGCAGUCCAUAACGCCUUCUUUGGACAUAAGAGCCCCGAAGAUAUAGAUGAUGAAUCACGACUGUUGGUCGGCUCCGUGAAGACAGUUAUCGGACACACUGAAAGUACGGCAGGCCUUGCGGGUGUUCUUAAGGUCGUCCAAGCGAUGAACCACGGCUAUAUUCCACCUAAUCUUCUUCUCAACCGCCUUAACCCGGACGUCAUACCAUUCUACAAACACCUUCGCAUACCACAGGAGCUUACUCCUUGGCCAGCAGUUCAGCAGGGCGAGAGACGUCGAGCCAGUGUUAACAGCUUCGGGUUUGGGGGUACAAAUGCCCAUGUCAUUCUUGAAAGUAUGGACAUGGUGCAGAGCGACAAACCCACCGCGUCUCUGUGCACCCCCUUCCUAUUUUCCGCCCAGUCUAAGCAAUCCCUGUUGGCAAAUCUCCGUGCAUAUGCUGAUUUUCUGGAACAAAACCCGACAACGGAUCCCGCGGAUCUCGCAUGGACUUUGCACGCACGUCGCGCUCGCUUACCGCUCCGCGUAUCUUUCCCAGCGUCCUCGAUUGAGGGGCUUCAGGCAGAGCUCAAGAAUGCAAUCGAUAAUCUGACCCUCAAUUCGAGAUCAGCAGCUACGGGUUCUCACAAAGUGCGCCUGCUAGGUGUCUUCACCGGCCAGGGUGCGCAGUACGCUCGUAUGGGGGCUGAUCUCAUAGAGACUUCAACUUUUGCCUCCGACAUUCUGAAAGACUUGGACAACGUCCUGGCAGAGUUGCCAGAGACUGACCGUCCCAAGACCACGCUUCGUCAAGAGCUUCUUGCUGAGGCAUCUUCGAGUAACGUGGGGAAAGCUACUGUUUCACAGCCUCUCUGUACAGCUGUUCAGAUUGUUCUGGUUGAGCUUCUCCGAAAGGCUGGAGUUUAUUUCACAACGGUGGUGGGCCAUUCAUCUGGUGAGAUUGCCGCUGCAUUUGCAGCAGGCUACCUUUCCGCUCAUGAUGCAAUUCGAAUCGCCUACUAUCGUGGCUUCCAUUCGCAUUUGGCUUCGGGUGAUAACGGAGCUCUAGGCGCUAUGCUUGCCGUUGGAACUACUUUAGAAGAUGCGCAGGAGCUUUGUAACGACGACGAAUUCAAAGGAAAGGUUAAUGUCGCUGCCUGUAACUCACCCUCAAGCGUUACCCUAUCUGGUGACGAGCAGACCAUCUCAGAAUUGGCUACCAUUUUUGAAGACGAGAACAAAUUCGUCCGGCGCCUUAAAGUGGACAAGGCUUAUCAUUCUCACCACAUGCUUCGAUGUUCAACGGCAUACCUUGAGUCCAUUAAGAACACCACAACGAAAAGUUCCACGACCGCAUUAGACUGUACAUGGGUGUCGAGUGUGCACCCGGGCAAACCAUUCGAUAGAUCUACAAACGUUGAUCCGUCAUACUGGGUGGAAAACAUGGUAUCCCCAGUUCUCUUUCGACAGGCAAUUGAGAAGGCUGCCUCCUCAAGUAUCUUCGACGGCGCAAUCGAGGUUGGCCCUCAUCCUGCACUGAAGGGUCCCGCUUCCGAAACCCUUCAGGCUGUCAACGUCGAGGUUCCAUACACGGGGCUCCUUCAGAGGAACAAAGACAUUAACCAAAGCAUAUCCACCGCAAUUGGAUAUCUAUGGACGCAGCUGGACAACAUUGCCAUUGACUUUGAUGGCUAUGAGCAUGCCAUGGGGGUUUUUUCGACUCACACUUUCAUACCAGAAUUGCCCACGUACCAGUGGAACCAUAGCCAAGAAUACUGGCACGAGUCGACGCUAUCCCGCAACAUGCGGCAGAGGAAACACCUCGUGCACCCAUUGCUCGGCGAUUUGAGUCCUCAGAGCUCCACCAGCCAGCUAACUUGGAAGAACAUCCUGAGGACCAAGGAUCUGCCCUGGACCCACGGCCAUCAGGUCCAAGGUCAGAGAGUUUUCCCAGCUGCAGGAUACGUCGCGACUGCGUUAGAAACUGCGAAAUUUCUUGCCGGGGAUGAAACCGUUCAGCUAAUUGAAGUCGAGGACCUUGAAAUCCAUCAGGCUUUAGUCUUCGACAAUGACAAUGAAGAAGCUGGUAUUGACAUUCAGUUCUCUGUAAGUCAUAUCAAUCAGGAGGAUCCUGGACGUAUCUCUGGCCACUUUACAUAUGAAGCUUGCAUUGGCAGCCAAGGCGUUUUCAAUUUGGUCGCAAGUGGUGGUUUGAGCAUCACUCUCGGCGAACCGAAAGCAGACACUUUGCCUGCAAGCAGCCCUCGUGCGCCGAACAUGAUAGAUGUUCCAAACGAUACCUUCUACAAAGCGCUUAGUGAGAUGGGCUACGGAUAUUCUGGGCCUUUCAAAGCUAUCUUUGAUUUGAAGAGGAAGCUGGGGAAGGCUUCGGGUUCUCUCACCAUCACAAAAUCGGAAUCGGAUCAGGAUACGCUGGCUCUUCACCCAGCCGUACUCGAUGCUGCUUUCCAUGGCAUUAUAUUGGCCAUGAGCUACCCUCGUGAUGGAAGGUUGUGGUCUCUUCAUCUACCCACGAAUAUUCGAAGGAUCCGCGUCAACCCAUCUUUGUGUGGAACCAGCUGGUCAGAGUCUCCCCACGCACCAUUUGUUGCGACCAUUGGAGAUCUUGAUGACGCUUCGGGGUUCCAGGGCGAUGUUGAAGUCCACAGCAGCGACGGAAAGUUUUCUGCUUUCCAAGUGGAAGGACUUCGGGUUGUUCCAUUAACCGAGGCAACCAUUUCUGAUGAUAAGCCAUUGUUUUACACCACCGAUUGGGUCGAUGCCGAGCCAAACGCAGACAUUCCUGGUGCAUACAAAGCCACCGCUGAGGAAACUGAAUUGGCAUACAUUCUCGAGCGUGGGUGUUGCUUCUAUCUUCGGCAACUCGAGAAGGAAAUUCCGCUGGAUCACCCUGGCCGAGAGGACAAAUUCCAUGCUGCCUAUCUCAACUUCGCUGCCCAUACCAACAAGCUGUGCGCAGAUGGUAAGCACCGCUACGCCAAGAAGGAAUGGCUCAACGAUACGUUGGAGGAUAUCAUGGCUUCUACGCAGGCGAUCGCUCAUCUUCCUGAGAUCCGCGCAAUGCAUGUUGUUGGUGAACAAAUGCCCCGCGCUAUUAGGGGAGAGACCACGAUGCUUGAGCAUCUUCUGAUGACAGGGCUAUUGGACGAGUACUAUGCGACAGCUCUUGGAAUGGUGCAAGUUACCAAGGUUCUGGCUGAUACCGUCCAACAAAUUGCGCGGAGACACCCCAAUUUGAAGAUCAUGGAAGUCGGUGCCGGCACCGGUGGUGCUACGAGGAUGAUCCUUAACCGCAUCGGCCAUGAAUUCUCCUCUUACACCUUCACCGAUGUAUCUGCAGGCUUUUUCGCCAAUGCACAGACAGAAUUUGCGGCUUAUCGUAACCAAAUGACGUUUUCUGUUCUUGACCUCGAGCAAGAUAUGCAAUCGCAGGGAUUCGCCAAGCACUCAUAUGAUGUUGUCGUGGCUUCUCUUGUUUUGCACGCAACCAAGAGUAUCGAGCAAACUCUUCAAAAGGUUCGCUCUCUACUGAAGCCAGGGGGCUACUUGGUCUUUUCUGAAGGAACUGAUCUUGACCUCACACGUGGCACAGCUCUGUUUGGCUGUCUUCCCGGUUGGUGGCUUGGAAUCGAUGAAGGAAGAGUCUUGGGCCCUUCCGUAAGUGAAUCCAAGUGGGAUAGUCUUCUACGCAAGACCGGCUUUUCUGGCAUCGACACCAUGACCCCGACCAACGAGGGUUUUGCCUAUGCCAACUCGGUCAUGGUUUCUCAGGCUACCGAUGACUGGGUUGAUUUCAUUAGAGAACCUUUGAUGGCUGGUUCCUCUCUCUUCACAGGAAGUGCCAUCAUUAAGCAUCUGUUCAUUGUGGGAGGCACUACAUUCCGCAUCUCACGCCUUGCGCAGGAGAUCAACAAACUCAUCGGCGUGUUUUGCGAAGAUAUCACCCAAGUUGAAAAGUUGGAUGACUUGGAUCACGCUGCUAUUGGUCAGGACGCUACUGUGCUUGUGCUGCAGGACCUUGACCAGCCCGUAUUCCAAGACAUCAGCCAUGAAAGGUUUGACAGUCUGAAGAAACUAUUUGGAUCGGAGAAGACUAUCAUUUGGGUGAGCCAGAACCGCUUGAUUGAUAACCCUUAUGCCAACAUGACCGUCGGAUUCGCUCGUGCUGCUCACUGGGAGGUUCCGGAUCUUCGUUAUCAUUUCAUCGAUUUCCAGGAUGUUCACAGGAUGGAUGGACGAACAUUGACAGAAACAAUCCUUAGACUUCAGGUCUCAGGUUCUGUUGAGGACCAAAUUCAACGCAACACUCUCUGGUCUGUGGAGUCGGAACUUCUCAUUGACUCCGAUGGACGUCAGUUCGUGCCGCGCCUUCGACCUUUCCAAGAAGCCAAUGAUCGCUACAACUCAGCGUGGAGAGAUAUCACGAAGGAAGUCGACCCUCAAGUCACGCCUGUUGCUAUUUCAAAGCAAAAAGGCCGUUACCUUCUUCGUGAGCAACCAUUGCUCACUGACCAGGGUCUGGCGUCGGGUCGUGAAGAUUCUGUUCGUUUGAAACUGAGCCAUUCAAGCUACAACGCUAUUAAAACACCCUUUGGAAAUGCCUUUGUUGUAUUGGGCACUGGAGUUUCUGAUGGAGCUCAAUAUGUUGGGCUGGUCAAGUCCCUUGCUUCAAUUGCUGACGCGGCUGUGUCAAUCCCCUUCUCGCCUUCGUCUCACUUGGGUGUGGACUACAUUGCCAUGGUUACUUCUCACAUCCUGCUACCGUUAAUCAUGGAUUCUCUCGGCAAUGACGAUACUCUUGUCGUCCACAGUGCUCCCGUCGUUUUGGCAGAGCUUCUUACGCAGCACGCUAACUCCGCUGGGAUUAAACUGGUCUUUACCACUGCGUCAGAAACGGAAGCAGAGAAGAGAGGAUGGCUCCAGAUUCACCAAUACCUCCGCCAAUCUCAGGUCAAGCUUCUUCUCCCAAGAGACAUCACCCGGUUUGUCGACUUUACACCCAUGGACGGCCCGCUUUCAUUGUCGUCGCCAAUCACCUCAGUCUUGCCACCCCAUUGUCACAUCCUGAACAGUCUCUCCAUGUUCACUACUGUGGGAAAGGCAAUGAGAACAGAUUCCCAAUUCAAAGCCAAGGCUAGCGAGAUGUUGGAGCAAGCCCUGACUGCAACAUUGUCAAGCUUGGACACUUUGCAGAGCGAGUCGAGUGUGACUAGUCGAAUCAGACUUGAAGAGCUUUCUAUCAAGGAUGGUUCUUCAGACCCUCUCACGGUGAUUGAAUGGAACACUGCCUCUGUACCAGUCACUGUUCAGCCGAUUGACGUCCAGUUCAGCCCCGAAAAGACCUAUUGGCUUGUGGGCCUCACAGGAGACAUGGGGUUGUCUGUGGCUGACUGGAUGGUGAGGAACGGGGCCAAGUACCUGACAAUAACUAGCCGUAAACCGAAGAUUGAUAAGCUUUGGCUGGAAGAUACAGAGCGCAACGGCGCAGUAGUCCGCAUCUUGAGCAGCGAUGUCACCGAUUUCGACUCCCUUCGUGAGACCCAUCGAGAAAUUACCAGCACAAUGCCGCCAAUUGCAGGAGUGGCUCAAGGAGCCAUGGUACUCAACGACGUUGCCACCCGGGAUAUGUCCCUGGAGCAAUUGAACCGUACCCUUCGCCCUAAAGUAGAGGGAAGUUUGAAUCUGGACCGUUUGUUCCGGGACGAACCGCUGGACUUUUUCGUCUUCUUCUCAUCAACAGCAGCGCUCACUGGAAGCCCAGGUCAAGCGAACUACUGUGCCGCUAACAUGUUUAUGAGUGGCCUGGCACAGCAACGUCGACGACGCGGACUUCCUGCAUCUGUGAUGGAGUUAGGUGCUGUUCUCGGCACUGGUUAUAUUACCAGAGAGAUCAGUGAUGUUGGAGUACAAGCCGUAUUUGGUCGUGGAUUCCUGAACCUUUCAGAGUCUGACGUGCACCAAACCUUUGCAGAAGCCGUCAAGUCUAGCCGUCUGGAUUCGGGUGUCCAACCACAUAUUUCAACUGGUCUCAGGGUCCUUCCGGAAUCUAUUCCAAACCGGGCAUUUUGGUACAAGUAUCCUCAAUUUGCUUGUAUGACGCUAAGGGAGACUGAGGACGGUGCCAGCGCAUCCAACAAAGAGGAUGGUCUCUCAAUCAAGGAACAGCUGACGAGGGCGACGACGAAAGAUGAAGUUCAAAACAUCAUCAUUGAAACUUUCACGGCUGAUCUGCGCAAAAUGCUGCAAUUGAGUGACGAUUACGAAAUUACGCCUUCAGUCCGCACCGACGAGCUCGGUCUUGACUCCCUUGUUGCGGUUCGUAUCAGGUCCUGGUUCUUGAACACAUACCAGGUCAAUAUCCCUGCACUCAGAAUUCUGAAAGGUGCAUCAAUUCAGGAGCUUGUUGAUCAAGCUCUCGAGACGAUCCCAGAGAGCCUUACACCCAAUCUUUCCAGCGACGGCCAGAAAUCAUCAUCCCAAAGCUCGUCGGAUAACUCCUCUGAGCAGCAUGAAACGCCGCCUUCCAGCAACCCAGACUCGAAGGAUUCUUCGGACAAUGAAGCCGACUCUAAGGUGAAGAAACAAUCAGAUCUACCCAAAGAGAUCCAAUUGACGAGGUAUGGGCGACUUUCCUAUACCCAGUCAAUGUUCCUGUUCACCCACGAGCUGUUGAAUGACAAGACAACUUUGAACAAUUCAGGAAUGCUACACAUUCGGGGACAACUUCGAGUUCCCGACCUGAAACGAGCAAUUGAGGCGUUAGGGCAGCGACACGAGGCGCUGCGGACCGCCUUCUUCGAGCGAGACGGUCAAGUUAUUCAAGCAGUGAUGAAGUCCUCGAACGUCUCGCUCGAACAUAAAAGAAUUUACAGUCAACAAGCUUUACUCGAAGAAUACGAAUUAAUGAGAAAGCACGAAUAUGAUCUCUCAACCGGCAAAACCAUGAAAACAAUUCUUCUUUCUUACUCUCCUUCGGACCACUACUUUUUGCUAGGCUAUCACCACAUUAUUUUCGACCGCGGCAGCAACGAUGCUUUCAUGGUAGACCUAGAACAACUCUACCAUGGGCAGCAACCUGGGCACGAACCACUCCAGUAUCUUGAUUAUUCCAAUGAGCAGUUUGAGCAGUACGCUUCUGGUCAGUGGCGAGACGCCAUUGGCUUCUGGAGACGCGAAUUCUCUCAAAUCCCCGAUCCGCUGCCUCUUCAUCGCAGCCGUAUUUCUGAACGUCUUCCAAUGAAGCAAUACGCCUCCCACAUCCAUGAUUUCCGCAUCAGCAGCAAAAUUGCAGGGGCGAUUCGAGAUGUGGCAAGAAAAUAUCGGUCAACUCCUUUCCAUCUGUACCUAGCGGCAUUCAAAGUACUUCUGUACCGCUUCCUCGGGGUUGAGGAUGUUUGCAUCGGCUUUACAGACAGUUGCCGAAGAGAGGAGCACAUGCACGCGAGUAUCGGACCUUUCUUGAACACACUUCCAAUCAGGAUGGCUGCUAGCGCCAAAGAAAGCUUUGGAGACGCGAUAGUGAGCGCCCGGGACAAGAUCAUGCAGGUCCUCACGAAUACCAUACCUCUUGAAGUGGUUCUGAAUGAGCUUCAAUCGGGAGCGGCUCGGAACUCAUCACACCCGCCGCUGGCCCAGGCGUUGAUGAAUUAUGCCGAGACCAACGUGCAAGAAAAUCAGUCGCUGCUUGGAUGCAAAGUCGCGCUCAUACAGCAACAUCAAGCGGAGCUGUCCCACGACAUUGCGUUCACUGUAGUCAACAAUGGUUCCGGAGAUACGCGGAUCUGGUUGAAUGUCCAAAAGGCCCUUUACUCAGAAGACGACCUUUUGGUAAUCGCUCACGGCUACGAGGACAUCCUUGGGGAGUUCGUUAGCAAACCGAACGAACCAAUUGGCAAUGAAUGGAAGUUCAGACAACCGGCGGUGGACAAGGCUUUGGCUAUGGGCAAUGGUCCUGAGUUCGAAUCCACAUGGCCAUCAACCUUGAUGCAUCGAUUCGAUGAACUUUUCCCUUCGAUUUCAUCAAAACUUGCCGCAAGAGACAGCGAUGGUAAUUCGAUGACGUACGCAGCUCUUUCUCAAAGGAUUGAUGUAAUCGCAACCGAACUGCUGAACAAGGGAGUCAAGCCUGGAUCUAGAGUUGCCGUCUUCCAGCAUCCAACAGUGCAAUGGGUGGCAUGCGUUCUCGCCAUCUUAAAGAUUGGGGCAGUCUAUGUGCCUCUUGACGCAGCAACUCCAGUCGCACGGUUGUCACUGAUCGUCAGUGACAGCCAGCCUGCCGCUGUCCUCGUCCACAAGCCUACAGUAUCACUGGUGGAAGGACUACACGUUACCGAGGGAGCUUUCGUCAUCAAUAUCGACGAGUUAUCAGUCCAACCCACAGAACCAGUUACCAUCCGUUCUGAGCCGCAUGCACCAGCCAUAAUUCUUUACACUAGUGGCUCCACGGGCACUCCAAAGGGUGUGAUCCUUCAACACUCUAGUCUAGCUCAUGAGUUCGCACACUGUGCAGUAACUUAUGGACUGGGCCAAGGCGAUGUCGUUUUGCAACAAAGCGCGUGGAGCUUCGACCUAUCUGUCACUCAGCUUUUCUUGGCAUUGGGAGUUGGAGCGACUUUGCAUGUGGUCUCUCAUCUCGUUAGAGCCGAUGCCGGCGUCAUUGCGGAAAUCAUCAAAUCCGGCGUAACGGUCACCUACGCAACACCGACUGAAUACAAGAGCUGGCUGCGGGUCGAGCACCAAGGUCUUCUACAUGCCUCCAGCUGGGGACUUGCGCUGGUUGCCGGUGAGGCGGUACUCGAACCACUUCUUCAACUUUUCCGAAACCUGGACCGACAUGUUCUACGCCUAUUCAACGUUUACGGCCCGACGGAGACAACUUGUGGCUCAACGAAGACUGAGCUGCAGUAUCGUAUUCCUAACUUCUAUCAAGGAGCUAUUCCUGUUGGCCGCGCGUCUGCCAACGAGUCCUUCUACAUCGUCGAUAGCAACCAAACCCUUCUGCCCUGUGGCCAAGUUGGAGAAGUCGUCAUCGGCGGUGUGGGCGUGGCAAUGGGUUAUCUCAACAACGAAGAACGAACGGCGACCUCUUUCUUACCCAAUCCAUACGCUAAUGAAGUGUAUUCCAAGCACGGUUGGACUACUAUGUACCGAACGGGUGACGUUGGCUAUCUGAAGCAAGACGGGACGCUUAUUCUGAAAGGCCGUAUGGGUGGUGACACCGAAAUCAAGCUAAACGGCGUCAGAAUUGACCUGACGGAUGUUGAGCAAACUGUUGUAAGAGCGGCAGACGGAGCUAUUAUCGACGCCGGUGCAUCUCUACGGGUCACUUCCGAUGGCAGCUUUAAGUUUAUGGUUGUCCACGUCAUUCUCUCCACCGAUAUGGCGCUGCACAACAGAGAUGUCUUCCUGCGAGACCUGCUCAAGAACCUUCCGCUACCUCCUACAAUGUGUCCGUCGGCAAUCAUUGCUGUUGAUUCUUUACCCAGGACUGUUGCGGGAAAGCUUGACAGGCGGGCCAUUGCAACCCUGCCAAUUCCCGUCAAGCUACCGCAAGGCUCAGGGACAUCAGAGCUAUCCCAAGCCGAAGUAUUGAUGCGAAAUCUUUGGCAAGAAGCCAUUCCAGAAGAGCUCGCGGGUCUUCACGACAUGAAUGCGGAAUCUGAUUUUUUUGCCGUGGGAGGCAACUCUAUGUCGCUCAUUGAGAUGCAACACAAGAUGAAAGACCAUUUCAACAUCUCGGUCCCGCUCAUCAAGCUUUUCCAAGGAAGUACGUUAAGAUCUAUGGCCGGGCUGCUCGGGGUGGUAGAAACGGAGGAGAAGUUGGGGCUCGACUGGCAGAAAGAAACUGCCCUACAACCCGAACUAGCUGGUCUGCCCAACAUCUCCCAAACCCAGCCCCCGAGACACCCGCCUCAGGUAAUAGUCCUGACGGGAGCAACUGGUUUCCUCGGCCAACAUUUGCUUCACACGCUCCUAGCACAGCCCCAGGUCAAGAAGGUCAUCUGCAUUGCGGCGCGAAACCUCACGAAUGAGAAACGAGCUGCUCUGUCUCGUACCGCCAAAACUGAAUGGCAUGAGGGCGACUUGCGACUUCCCCGACUAGGCCUUACUGAAGAAGCCUCGUCUAACAUCUUCAAAGAUGUUGAUGCCGUCGUCCACAAUGGAGCUGACGUCUCACAUCUUCAAACCUAUGUUUCACUGCGCCCUGCAAACGUUCAGUCUACCGAAGAGCUGGUUAAGUUAUGCCUUCCCAGGAACAUCCCGUUCCACUUCAUUUCAACGGCAGGAAUCGCCAUGUACACAAAUGCCGAUACCUUCCCUGAGGCGUCAGCUAGGGAUUCCCCGCCACCAGUUGAUGGAAUGUAUGGCUACGCCGCAUCCAAAUGGGUCAGCGAGGUGUAUCUCGAAAAUGUGCAUGCUACCUACGGGUUGCCAGUUUUCAUCCACCGCCCAUCAAGCAUCAUUCGACCGGAAGCACAAAUGGAGGGAGAUCAAAUCGCAGCGGACGUGUUGCAAAACAUGCUAGCUUAUUCUCGGCGGCUACGUAUCGUGCCGGUGGGACCAGGAUUGAAUGGCACCAUCGAUCUUGUUCGGCCACAAACUGUUACUGGAAUGCUUGCCAACGCCGUCAUGGAGCCGGCAGCAGAUGGAGUCGUCUAUCUUAACGAAUGUGGCGACGUGGUAAUUGACAUCUCUAGAAUUAAGGAAUAUAUAGCGAAGGAUACCAGCGCGGAUGUGAAGGAGGUUCCGUUGAAUGAAUGGAUCUCUCACGCUCAGGGUGCAGGACUGUCGAAUGCGAUGGCGGCGGUAUUUCAAGGCGUUUGUGAAGGAAGCAAGAUCAAUUUUCCAAGGUUGAUUACACGGAACGGGUCAGAGUAA